AUGAGAGCUUCGCUGGUUCUCCUUGCGUUGAUCUACGUCAUCUACUCCGUGGACGUUGUUGUCCUCGAAGGACCUUCGUUGGAGGAAGUUCCGGAUUCCGUCGACGAUGACUGGAAGCAAGAGGAGGAAUACACAGAAGGAGCCAUGGGCAAACGCAGCAUCGCACUCGGUAGAAGCGGAUUCCGUCCAGGAAAGCGCAGCGGACCAGGAGGAAUGGACAAUUUCCACACCAUCGACGUCAGCGGACUCAUCAUGAAACGGUCAAUGGCAAUGGGAAGACUCGGACUUCGCCCAGGAAAGCGGUCAAUGGCUUACGGACGUCAAGGAUUCCGUCCAGGAAAGCGAUCCAUGGCUUACGGACGUCAGGGAUUCCGCCCAGGAAAGCGCUCAAUGGCAUACGGUCGUCAAGGAUUCCGCCCAGGAAAAAGAAGCGCCGAACUCGUGGAAGUCAUGCCACAGCACGUUCCAGAAAUCUUCAUCCUCUAA